GUCAUUUUUUGAUGCGAUUUUUGUAGGAAAAUUGUCAUAUUGAAAUUUUGGAUCAUUAUUUCUAAAAUGGCGUUAAACUUACAAGUUAAAGUGCACCCUGUUGUACUAUUUCAAAUAGUAGAUGCAUUUGAAAGAAGAAAUGCAGACUCACAAAGAGUUAUUGGGACUCUACUAGGAACGUUGGAAAAGGGAGUUGUGGAAGUCACAAAUUGUUUUUGUGUCCCUCAUAAGGAAUAUGAUGAUCAAGUAGAAGCGGAACUUAGUUAUGCAAUGGAUAUCUAUGAUUUGAAUCGAAAAGUGAAUUCAACAGAAGUGAUUGUAGGAUGGUGGGCCACAGGACACGAAGUUACCAAUCACAGCUCAGUAAUACAUGAAUAUUAUUCAAGAGAGUGCAACAAUCCUGUUCAUGUCACAGUAGACACUAGUUUACAAGGUGGACGAAUGGGAUUAAAGGCAUACGUUUGUGUACAACUGGGUGUGCCAAAUGGUAAACAAGGUUCAAUGUUCACCCCUAUUCCAGUCGAUGUUACAUGCUAUGAUCCAGAAGUAUUUGCUUUACAAUUAUGCCAGAAGACUAUGGGCCCUUCUUCUAAUAGACCUAGACAAACUCAUCCUGUUCAAGAUUUAGCACAAGUUGCUGAGGCUGGUAGUAAAAUGAGUGGUUUAUUAGAUCAGGUAUUAAGUUAUGUAGAAGAUGUUUUAGCUGGUCGAACCAAACCAGAUAAUGCAGUUGGAAGAUCAUUAUUAGAUUUAGUAAAUUCUGUACCUCAUAUGACUAAUGAACAAUUCUCAGAAAUGUUCAAUAGCAAUGUGAAAGACCUCUUGAUGGUUAUAACUUUGUCACAAUUGAUAAAGACGCAAUUACAAUUGAAUGAAAAAUUGACUUUGCUUACAUCAGUUUGAUGAAGUUUUCAUUUUUUUUGUAUUAAGUAAAAAUUGUAUUUUGUAUAUUGGGUUUCGAAAUUUUAUCUCAGUAUACUAAUGCAAUAAAUUUAUAUUUUGAAUAAAAUAUAUUUUUAGUUAUUA